UCAUUUUUGAAGGCAAACUUCGCGCAUAUUGCUUUCAUCACCAAAAGACCAAAAUAUUUUGAUGUAGAAAAUUUUAAAUAAAAUCCAAAGAAAUGUCCGUGUUUGAGAAAUUGCGUCGUUUCGACGCUUAUUCUAAGACCAUGGAUGAUUUCAGGAUUCGAACCUAUGGGGGGGCUGCAAUUACUAUAAUCAGUAUAAUAAUAAUGGGAUUAUUAUUUUGGGUAGAAUUAGUUGACUUUGUUACCCCUAAUUUAUCAGAAGAAUUAUUUGUUGAUACAACUCGGAGUCCUAAUAUUAAUAUUAAUUUAGAUGUAAUUAUACCCACAAUAUCUUGUGACUUUUUAGCACUAGAUGCAAUGGAUUCAUCAGGUGAACAACAUUUAGAAAUAGAUCAUAAUAUAUAUAAACGUAGAUUAGAUCUUGAAGGGAAUCCAAUUGAAGAGCCUCAAAAAGAGGAUAUUACAAUUCAAACAAAAGAAGUUACAGAGGGCACCAACUCAACAGAAAUUCUUUGUGGAAGCUGCUAUGGUGCCAGUAUGGAUCCUAAGAGAUGCUGUAAUACUUGUGAUGAAGUUAGAGAGGCAUAUAGAGAGAUGAGAUGGGCAUUAGAUAAUUUGGAAAAUAUUACCCAAUGCAAGGAUGAGAAAUACAAUGAAAGAUUAAAAACUGCAUUCUCACAAGGUUGUCAGAUAUAUGGUUCUUUAACAGUGAACCGAGUCAGUGGUAGUUUCCACAUUGCACCCGGAAAGAGCUUCAGCAUUAAUCAUAUGCAUGUACAUGAUGUACAACCAUUCUCAUCAACUGUUUUUAAUACUACCCACACCAUUAAACAUCUGUCAUUUGGAGCUAAAUUAGAUGGAGAUGCUCACAAUCCAUUGAAAGAUACCUACAGUGUUGCACAUGAAGGUGCAACAAUGUUUCAAUACCACAUAAAGAUCGUACCCACGUCUUACGUAAAUAUACGAGGGGAAAUUAUCAAUACAAACCAAUUUUCGGUAACUAAACAUCAGAAGGUGAUAUCAGUUUUAAGCGGGGAAUCCGGAAUGCCAGGGGCAUUCUUUCAGUAUGAACUGUCUCCUUUGAUGGUUAAAUUUACCGAGAAAGAGAGGUCCUUUGGUCAUUUCAUUACAAAUCUGUGUGCCAUCAUUGGUGGCAUUUACACAGUCGCUAGUCUUAUAGAUGCAAUGGUUUAUAGAUCUGUGCAACUCAUUCAAAAGAAGAUAGAGUUGGGAAAAUUAAACUAAGAAUAAAUUUCUUCAUAAUAUUUUAUUUAUAAGCUUUUUAAGAAUAUGUUGUAAUCUUCUAUAGGGCAUUUGCAGACCUGAUCACAGAACACAAGAUCAUUACCUGAAACCAAGGUACCAAUUGAUAUAUAGCCUGGUUCUUUUGGAUUGAAUUGAUCCAAACCAAGUUUCUUAACAAACAUAUGUCUCUGUUUUAAUCUGAAUGGUCUGCAGUUCAGAACUUCUGGUAUUUUGGAUAUUGUUUCUGUGGAAAUUUGCAUAUCCCUAUGUAAGUAUUCAAAAGUUUCUAACAUAUUUUGUUGUGCUAAAA